CGCGCGUCGGGUGUGUGAUGCGCGCAUAGUGAACCGGCAUGGAGUCCGCCGUGGACUCGGCGUCGACCGCGAGCGAAGUGAGCGGCUCAUCGGGUGGAUCACCGCGCGUGAAAGCAGCAUCGCCUGCGCGUGCCAUGAGCCCGCCGGCGCUGCUGGCGCCACGGCUCCCACUGCCACCGCCCGGGCUGGGCCUGCUGGGUUCUCUGCAGAUGAUGCACCACUCGCCCCUCGAGCUGAUGGCAGCGGCGCAUCACCACGGCCCGCCGCGGUACGGCAGCCCGCCGCCUAUCUCCACCUCGGAUCCCUCGGCCAACGAGUGCAAGCUGGUGGAGUAUCGCGGGCAGAAGGUGGCGGCGUUCAUAAUCCAGGGGGACACGAUGCUGUGCCUGCCGCAGGCUUUCGAACUGUUCCUGAAGCACCUGGUGGGCGGGCUGCACACAGUGUACACCAAGCUGAAGCGGCUGGACAUCGUGCCGCUGGUGUGCAAUGUGGAGCAGGUGCGCAUCCUGCGCGGCCUCGGCGCUAUACAGCCCGGCGUCAACCGCUGCAAGCUGCUUUCCUGCAAGGACUUCGACGUGCUCUACCGCGACUGCACCACCGCAAGGUGCCUGUCAAUGAAAGCGCCAGACAGGUACUUCUCAAGCUCCAGACCGGGCCGACCACCGAAGCGCGCAUCGGGUGUCGGUCUCUCGCUCGCUGCCACGCAGUUCCCCGGACAUCCCUUCAAGAAACAUCGACUGGAAAAUGGAGAUUAUUCACCUUACGAAAACGGACAUAUGAGCGAUAUGGCUCGAAUGGAGAAGUCCCCACUGCUAGCCAACGGGUACAACGCGCCGCCGACGCACCUUGGGCCGAUGGGCUUCAUGCACCAACACGCGCUCAUGUCGCCUAUGCACCCCGGCGUACCGCGCCCUGACGGCUCCAUCAUCAAGGGCCAGCCAAUGCACAAUAUGGAAGCCCUGGCAAGAUCUGGUAUUUGGGAGAAUUGUAGAGCGGCUUAUGAGGACAUCGUAAAACAUCUCGAAAGGUUGCGUGAUGAGCGAGGCGACAUUGAACGUGUCAUAGCAAUGGACAAAGCUCGCGAAGGUUCACACAAUGGGUCUUCCCCAGGCCACAGUCCUGUCCUGAACUUAUCAAAGUCAGGGUCUGGCGACCGCGACCGACAAGAGAGGGUAGAUCGCGACCGGCAGGAAAGAGUUGAUCGCGACCGGGGUGAGAGGGGCGAGGGGUCCGCCAGCGGGAGAAGCUCCGCCGCUUCGCGACGCACCCCGCAGCCCCCACGGCUACCAUCUGCCGCCACCGGAGCAGCUUCGCCACGCUCGCACUCCGACGACAGCGACGCCGCCAUGUCCGACCAGGACGAACACAACGUCAAGGACGAGGAUGACGGAGCAGAGCUGAGCGAGGGGGAGCAGGAAGGUGAAGCAGGCACGUCUCCGGCGCCAGUGAGCUACGCGGCAACCCCCGCGACGCCGGUACCGGUAGACCCCAGCGCCGACACACUGGUCUCCUCCACCGAAACACUGCUACGCAACAUACAAGGCCUGCUCAAGGUCGCCGCAGACAACGCGCGUCAACAGGAGCGGCAGAUCAGCUACGAGAAAGCUGAAUUAAAAAUGGACGUGCUCAGAGAGCGGGAGGUGAAAGACAACCUAGAGAGACGACUAAUGGACGAGCAGAAAAUGAGAGUAAUGUAUCAGAAGCGGCUAAAGAAGGAGCGGAAACAGCGGCAGCAGAUCCAAGAGCAACUCGAGAAUGAACUGAAGAGACGACAGAAGAUAGAAGAGGCGCUCAAGCAGUCCGGUGCACCCCAGGAGAUACUCAGAAUUGUUACAGAGAACAUGAGUCCGUCAGCUCACGAGGCACGUUCAGAGCGCGAGAACGGAUCGGAGAGCAAGCCGCCGAGCGCGGAGCCCCCGGCCGCCUCGCCGCCGUACUCGCGCGAGCCGACUCGCACGCCGGACAAGCCGCAAUGGUCCUACCCACCACCGCCCGUCGAUAUGCUGCCUGGCGGAGCUGCCUUUUGGCAGAACUACUCCGAAUCUUUGGCGCAAGAGCUGGAGAUGGAGCGCAAGUCGCGGCAGCAGGCCAUGGAGCGCGACGUGAAGAGCCCACUAUCAGAGCGCGCCAGUUACUACAAGAAUUCAGUGCUGUUUAGCUCAGCCACUUAGCUGACGGGCCACGGGGCCGACCUCCCCGACAAACACAGCGACGACGACAAGUGUCCUGACGACACCAGGAAACCCAUCAUCAGUGUCAAGCCAGAGUUUAGAGAAAAAUAAAAUAUUAAAUAGUGCAAACGCUGUAGACGAUUCUUCGAAGUCUGGAGAAAUCUUUCAACAGCCGUCGGCUCAGAUUUAUCUUCGGAACGUUCGUGUACAUUAAAGUUUUCAUCAUUUAGUUUAGCUCGUAAAAUUCUAUGUAUCAGAUCUCGAUAAAGUUGUACUUUUAACUGAGAUUAAUUGUAAAUACUGUUAUGACGUACUAAGCACGUAGAUUGUGUUGAUGCGAAGUCUAAGGAAAUUUUUUCUUCCAUAGCAAAAUUUGUAAAUAUUUUCUUUAUAUUUUCUAGGAUAAGUAACCGUUUAAUCGACGAUUCGAGUUAUUUAUUCGUCAACAUUUAUUCAUUUAUGAAUUGUACCUUUAAAAUUAUUGUUAAAUGCCAUAUUUAUGUAUAAGUAUCCAUCAUUAUUUACAUUUUCUAUGUUAAGAGGCGACAAUUUUUACGUUUCUAUUUGUACUUUUUACGUAUGAUAUAUAGAUUUGGAAAUAAUAAAUCGAUUAUCUAAAUAAAACAACUGCUGGAAUUGAUCUAAGACUGGUUUUACGAUACGAUCAAUCAACUUUUAUUCGCUAGUCCAAUCGAAGCACUGAAUUCCGAAUGUUUUUCUAUAUUUAUUUCUUUGACUACGACACAAGAGCUUUAGAACAAUGUCGUCAUUACGUAUGUUAACAUAAUCGUGUACAUUUGGAUCACUUAGCUUAGUUUUUAAAAAACGUUAAAAUUUAAAGUUCAGUUGAAGGAUGUGAUCAACAAUAUUGUGUAAUUUAUUCAACUUUAGUGCAAUGAUUAGAUUUAACUAAAACUAGUGAUACAUUAAAAGCAUAAAAGUACGAUAGUUUAAGCGAUUCGAAUCGAUUAAUUUUUACAAAAUAUUAUUGACUGAAUACUGAGAAGACAGUUGCGAGGCUUUGCAGUGCAGGGCCUCAGCCGAGUUGUUGCUGGGGCCCUGUGCGCCGGCGUCUGCAUCUCAUAUCCAUGAUCCAGUGUCUGCAGCUCUGGGUAGUUGUAACAAUAAGUGCAGUAGUUUUUAAAUAUAUAAAUGAUAGCGUUAUUUAUAUCGAUGCUUAGUUUACAAGAGGACUUUAAUACGUCUUUAAUAGAGUAAGAUUUAGACAUUGUAUAGAACGUAAAAUUGGCGCUUGGCUAUCAAAAAAUACUUUUUAAGAAUACACACAUAUCUGUUACGCCUGAGCGAGGUCUUUUAAGCUUUAGUAAAAAAAAAUAUUUGAAAAUAUCAAAAUUAAAAAACUGUAAUAGUCAAGCGCCGAUCUGAACGAUCGCUUUAUACAAUUAAUUUCAUACAUAUUAUCUAUAAUGGGUAAUAAGAAGUAAUAAGUAAAAGUUAGUUGUUACUAUAAAUGUUUAGCUGAAAAUGUGUGGUUGUAUAAAGGGAAUGAAUGUGACCGUUAAAAUUUGAUUUCAAUUCUAUAUUGAGAUAAGGUUGAAAAUGUAAUGCCCACUGCCGGUGGUUCACUAAGUACCCGGCAGAGGGCAAACGCGACGACUUAACGCUAUUCCUUUAUCAAUUAGAUGUCGAGGCUUCAGUAUUCACUUUAAAUUGUUUUAUAGUAUGCAAUUCAUAAGGCGAGCGUUUAUUAUUUAUUAUUUCUAUGGUAAUUAUUAUUAAUUUACUUAAAAUUGUGUGUGUGCCUUGUAUCG